CACAAAAUUGGAAAGAAAGGAGGCUAUAAAGGGUGGUGGCAAGGUGGUGUUAAUUAACGAACAUAAAAGAGAGUAAGAGGAGAACAUAUAUAUCUAGAGCUAGAAGGUAUGGGUUUGGAAGGGAGUGAUACGUUGUCGUUUAUGAGGGAUUUUCUAGAUGAGUGUGGAAGUAGUGGGUGUGCCGUCGUAGAUGGUGGGUUCGCGACUGAGCUUGAACGUCAUGGUGCGGACCUCAACGACCCACUUUGGAGUGCCAAAUGCCUUAUAAGCUCCCCCCAUUUAGUCCGAAGGGUUCAUCUAGAUUACCUUGAUGCAGGAGCAAACAUAAUAAUAACAGCAUCUUACCAGGCAACCCUGCAGGGUUUUGAGGCGAAAGGAGUGUCUAGAGAAGAAGGUGAAGGCUUGCUUCGAAGGAGCGUAGAACUUGCACGAGAGGCUCGACAGGUUUAUUACGACAGAUGCACCAAAGAUUCUUGUGAUUUUCUCAGUGAUGAUGAUCGAUAUUGGAAACGUCCUAUUCUAGUGGCAGCUUCAGUUGGAAGCUAUGGCGCAUAUUUAGCUGAUGGAUCUGAAUAUAGAGGGGACUAUGGAGACGAAGUAACUGUGGAGACACUAAAAGAUUUCCACAGGGAAAGAGUGAAGAUUCUUGUUGACGCAGGUGCUGACUUGAUUGCCUUUGAGACUAUCCCUAAUAAAUUGGAGGCACAGGCUUAUGCUGAGCUUCUUGUGGAAGAGGACAUACGCAUCCCUGCAUGGUUCUCUUUUAGCUGCAAAGACGAGACCCAUGUGGUUAAUGGUGAUCCCAUUCAGGACUGUGCUUCUAUUGCUGACUCAUGCUCACAGGUCGUGGCAGUUGGAGUCAACUGUACAGCUCCCAGAUUUAUUCAUGGUUUGAUUUCAUCUAUUAAAAAGGGUACAAGUAAGCCUAUAAUUGUGUAUCCCAACAGUGGAGAGACUUAUAUUGCUGAGACCAACCAAUGGGAGAAAUCAAGUGGGGUGGCGGAGGAUGAUUUUGUAUCAUAUGUAGGGAAAUGGCGUCAGGCUGGGGCUUCUAUCUUCGGUGGUUGCUGCAGGACUACUCCCAAUACUAUUAGAGGCAUUUCUCAUGCAAUUCUCACAAAACAACUUCAACCACAAUGAAUUGUUAGCCUGUUAGGUCAUCUAGUAUUUUUCUUUUGCUGUUAUGCAUGUUUGGUUGUGUUCUGUUUACUCCUCCGAUUUCCUUGUAUUAUACAAGGACAUACAACACUGGAUAUUUUAAGGAGCAACCAAUCUCUCAUUAAUCAUUAAUAAUUACUAAUACAAUAAUAUUA